ACUCAAUCCCUAUCGAUACCCAAGCAUUAUUGUAGAUCAUCAGCCCAGCCUAUAGCGACACCAUGUCACUCCCCAGAUCCAGUCCGACGGCGGAAGACCUCCCUCUGGACCCUACCACAAUCCGCAAGAAACGACGUCGAGGUCCCGUAGCCUGCUACCCGUGCAGGGAGAGGAAACGCAAGUGCGACGCCCUCCGACCCGUAUGUGCGAGCUGUAUAGCCGGAGACUGGCCUUGUCACUGGCCAGAGGUUGACAAGCGGAGGAGACAGUUCAAAAAGGUCAGAGCAGGGCAAGAAGCUGGGUCGGCAGGGGGCGUGGGAGGGGCAGGGCAAAAGUCGAGGUCGAGAUCGAGAUCGAGGUCCGGGUCGGGAUCGUCGGAUGGCGAACGGGAAAAGGAAACUACAAUUGAUCGAGAUCCGACAGAGGUGCAUCGAGGCUAUCAAACUGGAACAGUCGGUACCAAGGGACUUGCUCGUCACGAGUCCUCGUCGUCCUCUCACCAUCGAGUUCGAGAUCGAGUUCGAGCCGACCCGGGAAGAGAGACCCGUUUCACCGAUAACGAUAUAACCACCACCAGCACGACGAGAUCAUUCUCCUCAUCGUUCGGUGUUGCCGAUGACGGAUCACAAUCACAUUCACAGCCUCACCAACUCUUCCUCCCAUCGACGUCCACAUCGUAUUCGCAUUCGCACUCGCAUUCGCAUUCGCAUUCGCAUUCGAGAUCACCACCAACAGACGGGAACGGGAGAUUCUCCGCUCUCUUGAAUCCGAUGGUCCUACAAUCCUCAACCCACUUGGACGAUCAUCGACCAGCGUCUUAUCAAUCGAGAUCAGAGCUUCAAUCGGGUCAGCAAAUACAAUCGCACUCUGAUCAUUACAACUACCAGCAUCACCAUCUUCAAGCUCCUACCGGCUCGCAGCGACCUGCCUUCAACGACAACUCCAAUGGCAGAGACAACGACAACGACUACCCGUUGAAUUCCCACUCGGCUUUGAACCUGGAUCUGAAUUUGAAUCUGAACAUGAACUCGACGUAUUCCGCUGCGGAAAAGUGAGUUCCAAAACAUCAACACCCACGCUGAACGAGCCCUGAGCUUACGGUACCGUAAAUCGCGUUUCCUUCUCUUCUAUCUUA